CCCAACGUCAGUCAGCAAGACCAAAAGGAACUUCAACUUUUCAUUCGCAACCAGUUAGUGCCGACUUGUCGUUUGAAUACUAUAGCGAUGCAAAAACAAGGACUGUGAGUUGUUUUGCAGAAAGUUAAGGUGAGAAAGUUCUAAGAGGACUCGCCGUCUUGUGGGCGUCGUCAGGCAGGUGUUGAGUUUCUGGCCGAAGUGGGCCCGGUGCGUCGCUGCAGCUGUGCGAUGAGCCACGGCGCUCCACCAAGAUGUUGACUCUGGAUGGCUUGGAAGUGAUCGCUGUGUUGGUGGUCAUGGGUCUCUUCAUCAAAGUUCUGGAGCAGUUUGGGAUGUUUGAGCCUGUCGGCGGGGAAGACAGCGUAGAAGAUGACUUUGAGCUCUCCACCGUGUGCCACCGGCCAGAAAGCAUGGAUAAGCUGCAGGAGCAAACCAAGUUCACCAAGAAGGAGCUGCAGGUUCUUUACAGAGGCUUCAAAAAUGAAUGUCCGAGUGGUGUGGUGAAUGAGGACAACUUUAAGAACAUCUACUCACAGUUCUUUCCCCAGGGAGAUUCAAGUACGUAUGCGCAUUUCCUGUUUGAAGCCUUUGACAGUGACAAGAACGGUUCAGUUAGCUUUGAGGACUUUGUAUUUGGUCUGUCUAUCAUCUUGAGAGGGACCAUUAACGACCGCUUAAACUGGGCCUUUAACCUCUAUGACCUAAACAAGGAUGGCUGCAUCACCAAAGAUGAGAUGCUGGACAUCAUGACAUCCAUCUACGACAUGAUGGGGAAGUACACGUAUCCCACUAUGCAGGAUGAUGCCCCCAGAGAGCAUGUAGAGAACUUUUUCCAGAAAAUGGAUCGAAAUAAAGAUGGAGUGGUUACAAUAGAGGAAUUCAUUGAGUCGUGUAAAAAGGAUGAGAACAUCAUGCAGUCCAUGCAGCUGUUUGACAAUGUCAUCUAAGGACCAGGAAGGGUGCUGGUCCCAGUGUUUGUGUGUGUGUGUGUGUAGGGGGUGAUAAAUUAAUCAGGGUUGGACGAGGAAGCGUGUGUGUAGGCAUGUGUGUGCAUGUGUGAGUGGGUGUGUGUUGAGCUCCUCUGGAUGGGAAGCAGUCCACGAAGAAGCAACCAUGGAAGUCCACUCCUCAUCAGGCAGUGUGGAGGAACACGGGGAAAAGAAGGCAAGCAGCGGGCUCACAGACACUAGCACAAACCCAAAACCCUCGCCCUCCCCACCAACCUGUUCUAUUUCCACAUCUUCUUCUCUUCCUGCUGGAGGGGUGGCACUCCAAGUGAGGAUGCCGGCCCACCAAAACCUCAUCACUGACUUGGUGCAUGUGGAGCCGCUGCGAAAUAAAAGGGAAUGUGACGCACAUACUCCUGGCGAGAGGAAAUGCGCCAUUCCUGGGAGAUUCCAGGGUGUCUCAAAGAUUCCGAGGCUCAAACUCGAUCGGAACGGAUUUCAAUAUCGCAUGAUGAUGUCACUAUAUCCGACCAUGACGUUAUUUACCGAGACGCUCCAAAGUCCGCUUGCCCGUCUGCUGUUUCCUGGUCAUCCACAGGUGCCUCACCCCCCCACCCCUUGUGCAAAGUGCAUGUGCAACAAGAAUGACCGUGAUGUCUCCAUCUUGCCUAUACGGAGGAAUCGACUGGGAACAACACCCUUCUCCAUUCAGGUGAUUCUGCGACAAUGACUUCUGGCCUUUCAAACCAUAUCCGUCUUAGCUGUAGGUGUCUCCUGACUAUCAUGCACCAUAGUUGACAGACCACCCCAGUGGUUCUAGCCUUUAAUGAAACAUUUGUGGGGAGUUUAAUAGACUGCAGGCUGUAUUUGUGAAUUUGUGAUCAGAUGAGUCAUGUGAUUAUAGCAGGGUCUUUAAAGCAAAAAAAAAAAACACUCACACUUUGAAAACUCCCGAAUUAGGCCACAUUGUGAAUUAAAAAAGAUGUAUGUUUAAUUAGUGAAUGAGCGAAAAA